CCUGCCUUCCCGGCAGGAUUGUCCCCUCGGGGAUUGCCUCAAUCAGGAGCUAUCGUCGGCCAAGAUAAUCAAUCCCACAAAGCUUGAUGGCCUUUUCCCGGAUAUGAGAGCCCUCCCUCGACCAUCCUGCUCAUCCCCUUUAUGUGCCUCACGACCUCUGCAGCCGGCCAGCAGUCAACAUGAAGGCCCUUCAGGAUGAGUACGAUCUGGGGUAUCGCAAUCUCGAGGAACCGGCGCCGUCCUCCGCGCGCCCGUUAUCGACCAUGCUGCUGCCACCCCGGACGGCCGGGUUCUGGGGAGCCGGGUGGGCCUGGGAGAUUCUGAGCUGUGUCAUUGCCGUGGCCGCCCUGGUCGCCAUCGCCGUCGUCCUCUACAAUUAUGAUGGCCGGCCCAUGCCGGACUGGCCGUACGGCAUCACUCUCAAUGCCCUGAUUUCACUCCUGGUGACGGUCAUGAAGGCAGCCAUGGUCUUUCCCAUCACUGAGGGGCUGUCCCAGCUUAAGUGGUCGUGGUUUAACCGGGGCAAUCGACUGAGUGACUUGUCGCUGUUGGACGCCGCCAGCCGUGGAGCUGUCAGCGCCACCUUUGUUCUGUUCCGCUUCUUGCCUCGCCACCUGGUAUCUAUCGGAUGCUUCAUCCUCGUGGUGGCCGCAGCCAUUGCUCCGUUUGUCCAGCAAGUCAUCAAUACCACCGCGCAGCCGGUCACCUCCCUCGACCAGUCCUCCAUCCGCGUGUGCAAUACCAGCAGUUAUGUCGACUAUGGUGAGGGCGCUGGCCCUGGUAUGAACAAAGUCCCUUUGUCGACCACCGGAGCCAUCUACACCGGCCUUUUCCAAAGCCAGGGGCCCAACAGCAACGUGCUCACGAUGACUUGUCCCACGGGGAACUGUACAUUCGCCCCAUAUCAGUCCCUGGGGUUUUGUAGUCGCUGCGCCAACAUCACGGAGGAUCUCACGCUGGGCAACACCUCGACGAGUACUAUGGCAUCCUACGACUAUCAGCUACCCAACGGAUUCAGCUUCCAUACCUCAUGGAGCUCGAUGUAUCUGAUGAACUCCACCACCGGGCUGGACCUGAUUCGGCUGCAAACCGACGACCUACCACUUAUUUUGAACUUUACGGCGAUCAGCGCCGCCGGCUACGGCGUUCCGCCGCAGAUCAGCGCGACCGAGUGCGCCUUAUACUUUUGCGUCCAGACAUACCACGCAGCCGUACAGAAAGGCCAAUACAAUGAGACAAUGAUCUCCACGGCCACAUUAUCCAACAGUUCCGCUUCAGAUGUCACAGAGGACAUCACCCUGAUGCCCGAGACAUGCUACGUGAACGGGACGCAGCGUCAGGACCGCACCAACUGCACCUACUCUGUCAGCUGGCUCAGCCGGCUAGCCAUGUCCAACUCCGUGACGCCACUGAUCGAGGGGCAGGGAUCGCUGUUCGUGAGCAACCGACCAUAUUGGUCAUCAGAUACCAUGCGUGCAGUCUAUGGCGUGGAGGGCAACUAUACCGACGUGAACUCCAUGUUCCAAUCGCUGGCAUCAGCGUUGACAACACACGCACGGUCUGCCGUCUGUGCCGCCUCAUUCAACGGCACCACCUGGACAAUCGAGUCAUUUGUCCACGUCCAAUGGCCAUGGCUAACCCUACCAAUUGUCCUGAUGGUGCUGACCCUCGUUUUCCUCAUCACGACAGUGAUCCGUACCCGGAACCAGUUUAUCUGGAAAUCGUCCCCUCUGGCGUUGUUGUUCUCAGAUAUCGCCGUUGAAGCGCCGCACGCAUUCGAGCGUAGUCCAGACCUAAGCCAUAUGGAAGAGACGUCGCGAAAGAUGAAUGUGUGGCUCGAGACGACGAUGAAGGGAGCGAAACUGAAAGGGGUGGUGGGCUGACCUGUAUUUAAUCAUAUACAUAUUAUCAUCAAUGUAUUAGCACUGUACCUGAG